AUGAACGCAGAUACGUGCGUGUCAUACUGCGACAUGACCUCGAUGGAUUCGUAUUAUAGUCCGACUGGCUCGCAAGGUCGGGAACACCAGGCGAACCCGUUCAGGACUUUCGGCACCACCGAAGCCAAAUACAGCCCCACUUUCGCGGCGAGUAAAGGGCAAGCGUACGUGGGGGAGAAGUCCCGGAGUCCUUUCCAGACGGAGUGCCCGUCGCUGGACGGCGCGGAGGGAGAGGGCCCCUUCCACAAGUACCAGGUCUUCAUGCACAGACCCACCUGCAAGACUCCCCCUGAGGGCGGCAAGAUGCACCCGGACGGCAUCCUGCCCUGCUACGGAAAAGACAACAACCUGGCAGAGUCAGACCUGCCUUCCAGUGCCGACCCCCCUGGGAUGGAAAGCAGCUACCUAAAUCUAAAGGAAGCUGGAGUGAAGGGGUCAGGCGAGCGUCCAGGUUCAGAGCUUCCCAGCCCGCUGGAUAAAAGCGAGACAGAGAGCAACAAAGGCAAAAAGAGGCGUAAUCGCACUACGUUUACCAGCUACCAGCUGGAGGAGUUAGAGAAGGUCUUCCAGAAGACACACUACCCAGAUGUGUAUGCCCGUGAGCAGCUGGCACUGAGAACAGACCUGACGGAGGCUCGUGUCCAGGUGUGGUUCCAGAACCGCAGAGCCAAGUGGAGGAAGAGGGAGCGAUUUGGCCAAAUGCAACAGGUUCGAACCCAUUUUUCAACAGCUUAUGAGCUUCCCCUUCUGACUCGGCCGGAGAACUACGCCCAGGUAACUAUUGCUGCGCCCAUCACCAUCGCCAUGCACCGUAAGAUUCAACUGACAAUCAUCAUGUCUGCUCUUGGCUCUCAGAUUCAAAACCCCUCAUGGAUCGGUAGCAGCAGCGGAGCCUCUCCGGUGCCAGGUUGUGUUGUUCCCUGUGAUACAGUCCCCCCCUGUAUGCCCCCUCAUCCUCAUAGCCACGGAGGAGUCCCUGACUUCCUGGGUGUGCCAAGCCCAGGCAGCAGCCACAUGGGACAGACGCAGAUGGGGAGUCUUUUUGGGGGGCCAGGAAUGGUUGGGGGAAUUAAUGGUUACGAUCUCAAUGUUGAUCCAGACCGCAAGUCGUCCAGCAUAGCAGCACUGCGCAUGAAGGCCAAGGAGCACAGUGCUGCCAUUUCUUGGGCCACAUGAUGUUCCACCCAAGUCCUACCCCGUCC